AUGCCGUGUUCACGACGCCGUCCACCGAGACAAGACCCGCAUAACAACUCAACAUCUGAGCGUGUGCACCAUAAAAGAUCGAAGAAGAUGGUGGCCGAACAUCUUACCAUUCGCAAUCUCACAUCUACACCUAUCACACUGAAGCGCAUUGAGCGCUUCCGUGCCCCCGAUAGAUCGCUUGGCGUUCAAACCUUUGCGAAGAAUUUCACACGGGUCUUGACCAAUACGACCCGUGCGAACACUCCAGUUGCUGCAGUGAAUGAUGAUACGAAGCCUUUUGCCGAGAAAGACGUUGACAUUCAUGUCGCGCCCUUCGAGUCGGUCCAGACAGAGCUUCGCUCGUUCAUCGAGUCUGAAAAGGAACGAUUGCGCUGGUUCUUUGAGGUGGAAGGAGAAAGGCAUCAAAUCCAGACCCCAGUGCCCACCACCGAGACUGCUACCAUGAAGGCGCUGUGUGAUAACCCCAAAUUCAAGCUCACGGGUAUCUACAUCACAGCUGCUUCUCAUCUCACGAUCUUUUCCUCGGCAAAUUUGAAUGCCUGGAUGGGCGAGCUGAAGGACGACACCUUGCUCUCCUCUCUUUCAAUUCCAGGCACGCACAACUCCCCAACCUGCCAUGUUGCAGCACCCUCAGUUCGCUGCCAAGCCGUCAGUCCCAGGGAACAGCUCAGGAACGGGGUUCGAUUCUUUGAUAUUCGUGUGCAGCCUCAAUAUCCGGAAGAUACGUCGAAAGAGGAGCUUAUCCUCGUACACAGCGUCUUCCCCAUUUCACUAACCGGCAACAAGUACUUCCGGGAUUUGAUGCACGAAGUGAACGAUUUCCUUGAGCAAAACCCCUCCGAAACGCUCAUCAUCUCUCUCAAACGUGAAGGUCCCGGAAAUCACACCGACGAACAGCUGAGUAGAAUCGUCAACGACCACUAUGCCCGUCCCGGGAGCAGAUGGUACACGGAACCAAAGAUUCCCACCCUAGGCGAAGUACGUGGAAAGGUUGUCCUUGUCCGUCGGUUCGAAAUCCUUGAACACCUGAAAGACAUCCAUGACGGCAAAGGAUGGGGUAUUAAUGCCAGUGGCUGGGCCGAUAAUUGCGCCAGUGCUACCUGCCCCAGUGGGCAGCUUUGCAUCCAAGAUUUCUACGAGGUCAUGGAGACCACGAACAUCGACAAGAAGAUCGAAUAUGUGACAGAGCAGUGUGGGCGCGCAUGCAAGACUCGGUACCCAUUCGGGGUACUCCCAGGACCCUUGGCCACGCGAGCCCAUCCGUUCUACAUCAACUUCCUGAGCGCCAGCAAUUUCUGGAAGGUCGAAACUUGGCCUGAGAAGAUUGCCGCCAAGCUGAACCCUGCGACUGUUGAGUAUCUGUGUAGGAAGCAUGGAGAGGGUGAUGGUGAUUGGUCCACUGGUGUCCUUGUUACAGACUGGGUAGGCUUGGAUGGUGACUGGGAUCUUGUACGAUGCAUUGUGGGUAUGAAUUCUCGGCUGCUGCAUAGACAGUUAAUGCAUGCAGAGCAAAGCAAUGGCAACCAAUAA